GAAACUGAUGAAACCAUCGAGUUAAUUCAAUGUUCACUAAUAGCAAUGGAAACUCCACGCACGGCGGUAAAUCAAGCUCACCGAGGUCACUUGAGAACGCCAAAGAUGUCGAGCAGCAAAAAAUCGCUGUUCGGGAAGGAUGUGGACGAUGAGGCUGAUAUUGGACCGAUGACACCGCUUCGGUUCGGUGGCCAUCGGAGGAGCACGACAAAAUCCACAAAUGCCCUGAGUAACAUCACAUCCUUUCGCAACUUGUUUGGCAGCGGGUCGCCAGAUGAUAGCGACCGCUCACUGUCACCUGAUUUCGCGACAAGAUUCACCAACAAUGGACGGUACGAGCUACUCCCGGCGGAUUACGACAAAGAAAACAUGAACCAUCCGGUGGAUGAAGAGACGCGCUUCUCCUUUAGCAGCAGCAUCCCGGAAACGCCGACCAGUCGUCUCAGCGCCGAAGAAAGUGCGGUACUUGAUGAGAAUAACUCCAACUCCCUGUCGAUGCUGAUGAAUGCGGAUCUGAAUCUGGUGGAAAAGCAUGCCAAAACGCUUCAUCGUACACCGGGCGUUACGACACGCAGUCAUUCGAUAUGUAAGUUCAACGAACGAUCCGUAGAUCCUACACUUCGCCGGACGCAGCAUCAUCUGGCGGGUGUAAAACGGGCGCACAUUGGGACACCGGAUGAUACAUCGCAAUCUCCUUCAUGCAACAGAAUCGAUAGGAGCAGCGCAAAACGACCCAAUAACACACGGGCAAGGACAGCGCUACACUUCAACGAUGUCCAACCGAUUCCGACGAAAUCGUUCUACUCAUCCCGUACGAUAGAAAAAGAUUCACCACUAAAGAUGCCACCAACGCUGUCUACAAAAUCGUUUUAUGCUUCUUCCUCCAAGUUGGAUACGAUUCCAAUUCCCACCCGCACUUCACCAGAAAAUGCUCACCCAAAACCAUCGACGAACGAAAGCAAAAAAACACUUUUUGCUUCAAAAACCCCACGCAAAGCGACGACAUCCAUGCGAAAACGCUCCAAAUCUUUCUCCUCCAGCAAUGCGCCACGGUUAGGCCAGCGGGGCACCGUACACAAGAUUCAAAAACCGGUGAAAAAAACACCCGUUACACCGAAAAGAAAAAGCCCCAGAACGCAGCAAAAAAAUCGUGCCAUUGCCGGUGGAACGAAAAGCUGUCCGACAACACCGAAAAGCGAUGGAAAUGGCCAAGAACCCGACCAUGCCGAUAUGCUUCGGAAGCUAAAUCGCGUGAACAGUAUUCUUCAGCAAGGGCAGAAAAACCUAACACACGCUCGUCCACUUUCAACUUCGCGUUCAAUGACGGAUCUGAGCAAAGGCUACGACGACGCUAACUUAUCUUCGGAUGAAGAGGAAGAUUCAGCGUCCGAGCAGGAAGACGGCGAUGGCGUCGAAACGAAUGGGCGCAAAUUCUUUCGCUCGAAACAUAAAACACGCUCGAUACGCCGUGUGUACAAUCAUUUCAAUUCGAUUGUGCUUGGCGUGAAGAAUGGUGGCAAACGAAAGUUGCUCAGCUUCCCACAAACGUCCAAGCGACGGCGGACCGCAUUCGAGCAGGAUGAGUUUGAUUAUGAAACCGAACAGUUGGAGGUGGAUGAUUUGAUUAGCAGGCUUGAUGAUGGAGCGGAGGAACGCUACUGUGCGGAGGCUGGAAACGAUCAGCACGAUGAUGAUGAUGCACCAAUACCGAUACAAUCGAAUGUUAUCUAUCUGUCUGCGGAUGAUGAAUUUGAACUGGAAAACUGUGGAGUGGAGGAAAAUAUGGACUAUCAAGGAGCGAAUCUGGAAAACGGAACAAUUAUUGUGCAGCAUGGCGGCUCCUCCGGAGUUAAUCCCCAGGUGGAAAUCGUUCAAUGUGAUGAGUCGGUGUUUGUGCCCUACGAUCACUAUGAAAACGUUCGAGUUGAUGGUUUUAUGGCAAACAGCAGUACAAUCAUUAUACAGCAUAACGAGUAUCAUACGUCUUCGACAAUUAAUCAGAACGAUAGCGCAUUGUCCACAACGAUCACGAGCAGUUCUACAGUAUCCCAGUACCAUUAUGAAACCCAAUGCCAACCGGACCACACACCGCAACCAACCGCCACCCAAGUGGGAAACGAAUAUUACCCCCUGUUCUAUCCCGACCGCGCAAAGGAACUCUGGAAACAACAAACGGACACCGUCCCCAAGCAAACAGACAUUUUUCACUUGCUUCGUCAGCAAGACAAUCCGACCCGUGUCACAAAGCACGGCGCCGGCCCGAACCAGUAUCAGAUCGAUGCCGGUCAGCGUGUGUACGGUGCGAUCCAGUGUAAAGAAUGUGGUCUUACGUACUCUACGCACGAACCGGAAGAGGAACUUUUCCAUAACAAUUUUCAUCGCUCGCAAGCGAAACUAACGUUCCCCGGCGGAGCAAACGAGCACGUGGUAGUAAGCGUUCCGGAAUGGGAUGUUACCGGUAGGAUUAUUGUCGUCUCGCAGACCGACCCCAACCGACAACUGCUCAAGCGGAUACAGGGCGUGCUGGAGGUGGUAGAUGCUGAGCUUGGCUUUUCGACCCACGGAGAACUGCCGGAAGGUGCUUGCAUCUAUAUGGCCAUCGCUCGAUCUACCGUGCUGGGGCUUUGUGUUGUUCAGCCGGUCCAGUAUGCGAACCGAAUGAUCUGUCUCGAAGGAUUGCACGGUGCACCGAUCGAUUGCUAUUCGUCCGAGUUUUAUCCUGCCAAAUGCGGCAUAUCGCGACUCUGGGUAGCGCCCAAAUAUCGUCGACACGGCAUCGGACGCAAACUGGUAAACUCGAUUCGGUAUCAUUACAUCUUCGGCUACACGCUGUCGUGCGACGAGAUCGCUUUCGGUGCACCGACGGAGAUGGGCAAGCUGUUUGCGGAAUCUUUUGCUGGGCGGAAAGAUUUUCUUGUUUACAUUUAGUUUACAUGAUU